AUGACGGGAACCUGCUGGCAACAACUUCAGUAUAUCACUCUUUUGCACGCAUGGAAAAAUCGUCUCGACGGGAAGGAGGAGCAGGUAGAAAAGCCCAAUGAGAUGGAUCUGGAAUGUGUUGCUCAAUUGGAUGAACUGCCCAGAUACUUUAAUUUCUCACCUCAAGUCCAAGAUCUCACCUUGAUUUUUACCAAACCUCUCGUAUCAAGAUACAACUUCCCUUAA